UCCACGUUUGUAACAAUUUUGUUUCAGUUUUCACGAAGUUGUUUUUCAAUCGGUAAUAUCGGUUUCAUCUUCAGAACACCAGAUUUUUGGUUUCGAUAACGCUUUUCGGGUUAACAUCACUUUAGAAGCAGUAGAUACGGUACUGCACGAUACUUUCGCACAGUCAUAACCUGCUCACGGUAACCGCUAUUAUGGCGCACAAGUACGAAUCCUUUGUGAAUUCCCAGCGUCGAGGCACGGUCUCCGAGAUCAGCAGUCGUUGGCAGAAUGCCCUAUCGAAAAGCGAGCUGUGCGAUGUGGAAUUCGCCGUGGGACGCCUGUUUGGCGCCGUGAAGAGACUUCGCGCACAUAAGUUGACUCUCAGCAUCAGCAGCGAUGUGUUCUACACGAUGUUCAACGGGAGCUUGGCCGAGCGUGCUGGCAUCCCCAUCGACAUUCCGGAUAUUCCUGCAGACGCGUUCACUAACAUGCUUAGCUACAUCUACACCGGUGCCGUUGAAGAUCUCCAACCGGAGAACGCAGUGCAGACACUGUACUGCGCCGAUAAGUACGACUUGCCAUGGCUGGCCGAAUACUGCACGGACUUUAUUCUCGAUGACUUAAAAGCCGACAACUGCCUCAUGUAUCUGGAAAAUGCGAAAAGCUGGACUCCAGACUGUGAUGUUGUGGUGGAGAAAUGUUUGGACAUUGUGGACGCAUCCACCGCGGGCGUUUUCCAGUCGGAUUAUUUCAUCAAGUUGGAGCGCAAAACGCUGGAGUUGAUUCUACAGCGCAGCACAUUGUCAGCGGAGGAGAAUGUCAUCUAUAUGGCUGUCGAAGAAUGGGCGAAGGCUGCCUGCCUUGGCAAGAAGGUAUCUGCUUCUGCAACCAAUCGGCGCCAAGCACUGGGUCCGGUAUUUUUCCUUAUCCGCUUUGCUUUGCUGACGGACGCUCAACUGACCAACGGACCGGUUAAGAGUGGUCUACUGAAUCUCAAAGAAAUGCGUAAAGUUUUGAUACAGAAGCAUGGAACAGAUGCCGACGCAUCCAAGGAAGGUCCGCUGGCUUUUUUCUAA